AUGAGCAACGAUAAAAUCGACGACAUUGUAUUAGUGGGAGGUUCAUCGCGUAUAACAAAGCUGCAGGAACUACUUAGACAAAAUUUUGGGCAAGAAGAGCUAUGCAACAAAGUAAACCCUGACAAGGCCAUUGAUUAUGGUGCGGUCAUGCAGGCAGCAACAUUGAACAAUGAAGACGUGUCCCUAACGCUCAUGGAUGUUAUACCUUUGAGCCUUGGAAUUGAAACUGGCUCUGGUGUUAUCACCGUAGUUGUUCCUCGAGCUACCCCAAUUCCCUGUCAACGUGGAAUUCUAUCGGCCAGAUGUGGGGUGCCAAGGGUCAAGGUUUGUUUUCAAAUAAGCAAGAAUGGUGUUCUCACAGCCUCUGUAGAGGACGAGGGUAGCGAAGCAAGUAAAGAGAUUACAAUAACCAACGUGUGUGGAAGACUGAGCAAAGAGGAGAGGGAUAAAAUGAUAGUUGAUGCUAAUGAAUUUCAAGAGGAUGAUGAAAAAGUUAAAACGAAGAAUCUGGCCAGAGACACUCUGGAGCACUACAUUUACAACAUGAAAAGCAGGGUAAGUGAGGCCAAGACCAAACAUAAUAUAAAGGCAUCAUCUGCAGAAGACUUCCUAUCGACACUGCAUAGUGCUCAAGAAUGGUUGGACGACAAUGAGCAUGCAGAAGCUUCUGAAUUUGAAAACAAGUUGAAAGAGCUCCAGUUUGAUCGGUUGCCUCAUUUUGCAAGGAAUCUAUGA